AUUUGAGAGGCAGGCUUAUACAACAGAUAAAACAAUCAGCCAUAUCCUGGCAGGCACUGGCAUCCAUCCUGAGUUCCUGACGGAGUGACGGCUCGAGAGCGUCGCUGCUUUGGGUUCUUCGGUUCUCCCCUCCUUUUCUUUCCCCCGUUCGCCUCACGGGCCCCCGGCUCUCGCGCGCGCCUUUCUUGCCUUGCUGCCACGACUGGGCGAGCGCCGCCGCCCUUAGCCAGUUCUUCGCAGGCGACGACCACCCCACCAGUCAGACAUGGGAGAAGGCGGAGAAGAGAAGUCGUUCAAUUUCCUUCAAAUUUUGCUCGAGGGAAGCAUAGCUGGAGGAACCGCUGGUGUUGUUGUGGAAACAGCAUUGUACCCUAUUGAUACUAUAAAAACCAGGCUUCAGGCUGCUCGUGGUGGAAGCCGAAUUGAAUGGAAAGGCUUGUAUUCUGGAUUGGCUGGAAAUCUAGCUGGUGUCCUGCCGGCCUCUGCAAUAUUCGUCGGAGUGUAUGAGCCGACUAAAAGAAAACUACUGGAGACACUUCCUGAAAAUUUGAGUGCAGUUGCCCAUUUUACUGCAGGGGCCAUUGGUGGUAUUGCUGCUUCCCUUGUCCGUGUCCCUACAGAGGUGGUCAAACAAAGAAUGCAAACCGGUCAAUUCAAGUCUGCGCCUGAUGCUGUUCGUCUCAUUGUCGGUAAAGAAGGGUUUAAAGGACUGUACGCUGGUUAUGGUUCCUUUCUACUUCGAGAUCUUCCAUUCGAUGCCAUUCAAUUCUGCAUUUACGAGCAGCUUCGAAUUGGUUACAAACUUGUGGCAAGGAGGGAGUUGAAUGAUCCAGAGAAUGCGCUUAUUGGUGCUUUUUCUGGCGCCAUCACUGGAGCUAUAACUACUCCCUUUGAUGUCAUGAAGACAAGAUUGAUGGUUCAGGGACAAGGGAACCAAUACACUGGAAUUGUAAGCUGUGCUCAGACAAUCCUCAGAGAGGAGGGCCCUAAGGCAUUCUUGAAGGGCAUUGAGCCGCGAGUGCUGUGGAUUGGCAUCGGUGGAUCCAUAUUUUUUGGUGUGCUGGAGAAAACCAAGUCGAUGCUAGCCGAGAGGAGGAAACGCGAGCUACCCGUCAAGGACGAAUGAACGAAGAUCAGUUAAAUAAUUUAUGUCCACGUUGAAUCAUUCUUGUAGUUCUUUUUUUUCACGUUGAAUCCUUAUCCUGUGAAAUUAGAUAAACAGAAUACACAAUUUUACUUGCCAGUAGUGCUUCAGCCUACAAAGGAUUUUAAGACAGAUUAAGAAAGAAUACAAGAGAAGCAAUGUACCAACUGAACACAUCAAGGCUGCUAGUUCUGGUGAUAGUGAUCGAUGAACCUAAGAAUAUGUGGCUUA